AAGAACAGAUUGCUUGCAAACGUACAUUUGGAUGUUUACAUUGCUAGAAUAAUAUUUCAAACCACUAUUCGUGACCUUCUCCUUUCGAUAUCGAGGAAGGAGAUCUUAACAGGGGCUAAAUGAUUGAGAGGGUUUGUCCGUCACCACAUAAUCAGCUUCCGCCAUACUUGUUAACAGUUUUAAAGGACUCUUCGUCUGAGCAGAAGAUCUUCAGCAUGACCGAGGUCAACACUGGAAUGACUAUCACUAACUGUGAUUUUAUGGUCGACAGCGUCGAUCGACGGAAACAUCUUGCUUCGACAAACAUCGCUGUUAUCGUAUUGAACUCUAUUUUCUCUCUGACAGCUAUGAUUCAAAAUCUUCCAGUAAUUUACGCAAUUGUGCGAACACCUUCCCUGCACAAUCCUCCUUAUAUCCUUUUGUGCUCGUUGGCUUCGACGGAUCUUCUCGUCGGAUUUAUCAUUCAGCCUUUGUACAUCGCGCACAAUGUCAUUCUCCUAAGCGGGCAACAAUUCAACUGCAGCCUUUGGAUGACGAAAGAGACACUCUUACUGUUGUUUAUGUUUGUAUCUAUCUCGACCCUGGUCAUGAUAAGCACUGAGCGUUGGCUUGCGCUCCAUUUUCACCUCAGAUACCGUGAAAUUGUCACAAUGUCGCGGACGCUCAAAUCGGUUGGCUCAACUUGGUUCUUUUGUACUGUGUCGGUUAUCGCGUGGCCUGCAGGGCUCCCCAUUUACUACUUCACAGCAAUCGGAAUCGUUGUCAUAACGAUAGCUGCAAUUUUGCUGCUUUUCAUGUACAUCAAAAUAUUUCUGGUGCUUCGUCGACACCAAGCUCUAAUUGACAACCAAACCAAGCUUCAUCCUCAAUCAGUCAGCAUAAGGAAACAUAGGAAAUCUUCCGCCACCAUGCUUUACGUUGUGGUUUUGUUCUUCAUUUUCUACGCGCCUACGUUCUAUGCUAUGAUUCACUAUUUACAUUCUAAAGAAAAAACGGCCAGCGUGGAGCAGACAAUUUUAUGGGAGGUGGCCAAGACGGUGGCGUUAAUAAACGCUUCCGCGAACCCUGUAAUGUACUACUGGAAAAUGCGGGAAUUGCGACGCGCCGUCCGAAAUGUGUUUGGCUCUACGUCCGCAACACGGGUUCAUGUGGGAGAUGUUAUCACCCCUGGAUCAGGGAGCAUGGAGAAUGAGUUUAGGAGUAGAACAGAACAUCAGCGGCAAGGAUCGUUUUCGGUUAGACCGCGAGUAAGCUGGUCGAAUACUGCUCUUUCUAAACCAGAUCUUCGUGAAGAUCAAAGCUGCUCGGUAACGAAACCACCGGAGAAAAAAGUGUUCCUCUUGCCGAGAUAUCUCGAGCCUGGCCCGAGCUUUGGAUGGCAAGUACCGUCAAGCAGCGAUAAAUAGAAAGCCUAAGUAACAGAACGGGUCAACCGCAUGAUUUUCUUGAGUGUUCGCAAUUGCAUAAAAAGACGUUUCGGCGCGAAAGCGUGCAUUGAAUUUUAAGUGGACUUGCAACGUGGCUUUAUCUCAAUAAAAACAUUUGGAGGGCUAUCCUCGCUUAAGUUAAAUCUUGCUUUAAAUCUCAUUGACAUUUAGAUUAAAUAACAGACAAGUUUUUUUUUUAGUUUCUAUAGUCUAUUGAAAAUUGUUUUCGUCAUUUGAGGCAAGAUGUUUCGAUUCCUAUCGCCAUUUCCAUCGAGUUCUAUAUUCAAGAACCUUUGUGAAUGAAGAUCAACGCAUUUAGCUUUGUAUGAAAUUAUUUCAUCAGGCACUACACUUUUCAAGUUAAAAUUCUGAGGGCUUUUCCUGUUGGCUAUAACAUUUUAUUGACUCUUGACAAUCUUUUUAUUUAAGAAAUAAGAGCGAUGUUUUGUUCACAAGAGCCCUUGAAUGGCUUUGCGUGUGAAAUUCAGGGCGGUAGACUGACGCUGAAUUUUGUUUUAUGUUAAUUUUUACCAGACAUUUGCUCGAGGGAAACCGACAUUAGAUUACAAUCUGACGUGCUCACAUUUACUUUUCUAUUCCACUUCGUUUUAUUGGCAACGCUACAAACUAGUCUAAAUUUGCGGUGAAGGUCAUUGUUUUUCCUUUUUUAAACAACAUAUCACCGAAUACUUUACUCGAGGUUUCAUAGAGUAACCUGAUAUUCUGUCGACAUGAUGCCGGACGGCAAUUACGCGGUGAAAUCGCCAGGUAAAGAAUCCUUUCGACUUAAAUAAAAAUAUCCUAUUAUCUUGCGGAAAUGUUUGCCCAGAACAACCCAAUGUGUAAAGAAAGAAAACUUCAAAUAAAUUAAAAACAUGGGCCCAAAUAUCCAAUGUGAG